AUGUCAAGCGAGCCGCCGCAGACUUUCGCCGCAGGUCAGCACAUCGGCCCGACAGCUGGAGUGUCGUUCCUCUACCAUGUCUGGAACCGAAGCGAGAUCAACGAGGGAGAGACGGUCCCCGCCGCCCCCUUGACCUGCUAUGGAGACAUGCCCCAGCCUGUGAUCCGGCAGGACGAGCAGUUUCCCACCCCCGACGAGGCCAAGGCGUUUUUGGCCCGCUAUUUCCGAUUUGCCACGCCCACCUAUCGAUUCCUGCACCAGCCGACCGUCGAACACUGGAUGUCGCAGAUCUUGGCCGGCUCUCCUUUGCUGAUGGCCGAAGCGGCCUGCGCCUUGCUGGUGUGCGCACAGGCGCUUCUGUACUCGGCCGACGGGGACAGGUACAAGGAGGGCGGCGACGAGGAGCUGAUCCGGAGUCGGUCGUACUUCGACAAGGCCAAAGCCUUGCUCAACCAGGAACCGGGCCCGGCCACGCUCGCCAGCGUCCAGGCCCGACUGGCAGUGUGCCUUUACCUUCUGUGCACCUUCCGCAUCAACGAAUGCCGCUUCUGCUUCAGUCUGGCCUGCACCAUCUCGACCUCGAUCGGCCUGCACCGGAAAACGUCGCCCUCGCAAAAGCUGGACCUGGUCACCUUGGAGUCGCGCAAGCGGACCUUCUGGUGUGCCUACGUCUUCGACAACUACUUGAGCGUCAUGCUGGGCCGGCCACGCAUCUUCCGCGACGAAGACAUCGACCAGCAGUAUCCGCGCAACAUCGACGACCAGGAUCUCUUGUCUUCCGAGUCGCCCGAGGAGUUGCCGCAGCACGGGAACCUAGAGGCCUUCAUCGCCCACGCGCAUCUCGCCAAGCUGAUGGCGCGGAACAGCGACCUCCUUUACCCCCUGCGCCCCCUGUCCGAGGACCAGGUGUUCGAACGGACCGACCAGAUGCUGGAGGCCGUUUACCACUGGAGGCAGAACUUGCCCGACUUCCUCAAGCCUCGCGACAGGACCCUGGCGGGUCAGCGGACCUUUGAGCGGCAAAACACCGUCUUGAAGCUGGCCUAUGCCCACCUGCGCAUCCUCGUCACCCGGCGCUGCCUGUUGAUGGACUUUAGCCAGCUGGGCCGCAGUUCGUCGGCCAGCGAAGACGGCCGAGCAGAGAAGCCGAUCCGUGAAUGUGCUGCCGCCAUCGGCACCAUCCUCCACACCACGUACGAACUCUUCCAGCGAGGCUCCAUGUAUCAGUCCUUCUGGGUCACCCACUAUGUCGCGCUUGUGGCCAUCUCGACAUUGUACGUCUUCAUGAUCCAAAACAGCCGCUCCUCCAUCCCCGCCGGCCUGUUCCCGGACAUUGACGUCUUCUUUGACAAAGCCCAAUACUGUCAGGCGCAGUUGGCCGCCAUGACGCCCGACGGCAGCCAAGCCCGUCGCCACUAUAACCUCCUCGAUCGCCUGCGAAAACGCGCCGAAAAGGACGCCGGGAGGGUCCAGCGAGCUGGGGACCGUACUCCUAGCAUGGGCCCUCCGUCGUUGGUGACCAACAUCUACCAACAGGCGCUGGCGACGCCUGUGCCACCGCUCGCCAACGGUCACGCCAACGCCGACAGGAGGACGAGUGUUUCGGGAGAGGCAGGCGGUUCCAUGGGACGCCCUCUCCACGAGAUCGAGACCUACUCGACUGGCACUGAUGUUGCUGCCAAAGAUGUGACCGUGACCAUGGUGGGCCAGUUCACCCCGUCCAAGGACGACUAUGCCUCCCAGAACCUGCUUGAUUGGGGCUGGGAGAAUCUCGACACUGUUGGCUUUCCAGGCGAGGGAGAUCUAUUUGAUUUCCAAGCUUGA